AUGGAUCUUCGCCCUUAUCAUGACGGCUUAGGACAACAAGGAUUUGACGAUCAGCUGGACGCCCUGAAGAUCACUUACGAGGACUGGGAACCAGAGCUUGGGUCGCCUUAUGGAAUAGCCCGCACAAAUGAGCUGAUGAUAUCGGUGACGGACUCAACGCCAGAUGGCCAUGAGUUCUCGUCACUUAUAGACCUUAUUCGAGAUCCUCCAAAGUUAUUACCUAGCCCGGAAGCCAUUCACAUUAGCCAAGCCCUCGGCACAAACUGGUCUCCCUUGUCGAAUGACUCCGCCAAAGGCCUUUCAGCCAUCGAUGGACGCCUCGAGUUCUUAUUUCAAUUUUACGAGAAGCAGGUACAACAAAGGCGCUGGUACGGCUUCUGGGACCACGGCGAUAUCAUGCACACGUACGAUGAAGACCGACACACAUGGCGAUACGACGUCGGCGGAUAUGCCUGGGACAACUCAGAGCUGUCACCAGAUCUGUGGCUUUGGCUGUACUUUCUGCGAACCGGUCGAGUUGAUGUAUUCAAUAUGGCGGAAGCGUUGACUCGUCAUACUGGGGAGGUAGACGUUUACCAUCUUGGGCGUUAUAAGGGCCUCGGCACACGACACGGCGUGCAGCACUGGAGUGAUAGCUGCAAACAAGCCCGUAUAUCGAAUGCCUUAUAUCGUCGCUUUUUCUACUACCUGUCUGGCGGCGACGAACGUGUUGGAGAACUUCUCGAAGAGACGCUCGAUACGGAUCAAAAGUUUCUGAUCCUCGAUCCGUACCGAAAGGUUCGAAAGAACAGAGAGACCUACAGCCCAGAUGCACAUGCCGUUGAGAUCAGUCUGGGAACGGACUGGGCAUCAUUAGCAGCCUCUUGGCUUGUUGAAUUUGAGCGUCGGGGGCUACGAUGGAAUGAGGCCAAGAGUAAGCUAUUCAGGUCGAUUGAAGGGAUUGGUGUCCUUGCCAACGGCUUUGUUACCGGGAAUGCGACUUACAAUCCGUCAACCGGAGUCAUCUCACCACCCGCCGCAGACCCUGGAAACCAAGGCGUGGUGAAGGUUUCCCACCUAUCAGCAAUGUUCGGGUUGUUUGAGGUGGCGGCCGAUAUCCUGCAGCAGUUUCCAGAGAAAGCAAACGCAACUGGGUUCAGGCCCGCAUGGCUAGAGUACUGCAUCUUCUUCAACGCUAGUCUAGAAGAACAGGAGACUCGAUACGGCAAACCUGGUUGGGGCAUACUGCAGCUAAGACAAGGACACUCUCGCUUGACUGCCUUUGCGGCGAACGAGCUCAACAGGGCUGAUCUGACUGAACGCGCGCUGGAAGAAUUUGAGAAUGGGGAUGGCUUUCGGGACUAUGGUCCGAACGCUGUCUGGAAAAGCACCCCGGUGAGCAAGAACCAUGUUCUCGAGCCCGCAGAUGAGGCUGCUGGGAUUUCUACCAACGUCACCGCGCUGUAUGGUCUGGCAGGUAUUCAGAACCUGGCAUUGCUGUUGGAUAAGAUAAAGACAAGAACUUAG